AUGAGCUCGAUUUCAAGCACAUUACUGGACAACGACCAGGAAGCAAAACAAUACACUGGAGACAAUGCUCAUGAUGACCAGGAUGCAGCUAACAGCAUCCAUCGUAUUUUGACAAGCAACAGAGGUGUUCAGCUGAUUGUCAGCAAGUUAGAGGAAGACGUUGGUGCUCUUGGUCCUUUGGAACAGGGUUAUGAUGUGGAAAAAAUAUUAACCAGACCAGAUCCACAUUCCACAUUCCAUCCAGAAGAUGAAUGGCAGUAUCCAGUGGACAAAGAAACUGGGUUGAGACUCGUGGAGUUCAUUCCCAACGAUAAGCAGAAUCCCAAGAACAUCAGCACGGCCAAAAAAUGGUUGUAUACGGUAAUUUUGGGAAUGAUUUGUUUUUCCGUGGCUCUUGGCUCUGCCAUUGUCACGGGAGACAUCGAGGGACCCAUGAAGACUUUUGGUGUUUCCGAGACGGUGAUGAUUCUUGCAUCUGUGACCAUGUUUGUCCUUGGCUUUGGAGUUGGUCCCUUGGUUUUUGCGCCCUUGUCCGAGGAGCUCGGCCGUCAAAUCAUUUACGCAAGUACUCUUGGUUUGGCACUUAUUUUCAUUAUUCCCUGUGGUUUGGCCCAGAACAUCGCCACUAUGAUUGUGUGUCGUUUAAUUGAUGGCAUUCUUUUCAGCGCACCUAUGACAUUGAUCGGUGGCUCUUUGGCUGAUAUCUGGGAAGCCAGCGAGCGUGGUAAGGCCAUGGCCGUGUUUUCUGCUGCUCCAUUCUUGGGUCCUGUCAUGGGUCCCAUUUUUGGAGGCUUGUUGGGUGACUUUGCUCCAACUUGGAGAUGGAUUUACUGGGCUUUCCUCAUUAUUGCCGGAUUCUUUUACAUCUUGUUGAUGGUGUUUGUCCCUGAGACCCACCAUACCACCAUUUUGAAGAGAAGAGCCAAAAAACUCAGAAAAAUUACUGGUGACGAGACUUAUAGAUCGAUCGCGGAGUUGAAGGAGCGUACUCUUGGCCAGAUUGCUAAGGACUCAUUCUUGCGCCCUUUCUUGCUCUUGUCGGAACUCAUCAUUUUCCUCAUCACCAUCUACAUGUCAGUCGUCUACGGUUUGUUGUACAUGUUCUUUUUUGCAUACCCUGUCAUUUACAUGGAAGGAAGAGGAUGGUCUGCCUCAAAAACAGGUAUUAUGUUCAUUCCUAUUGGUGUUGGUGUGCUUGUUUCCUCAGUUUGCGCUCCAUGGAUUAAUAAGGACUAUAAUAAGAGAGCACAGGCAUACAGAGACAGAGGAGAGCUUCCUCCACCAGAGUUGCGUUUGUUGCCUAUGAUGGUUGGUUGUUGGUUUGUUCCUGCUGGCUUGUUCGCUUACGCUUGGUCAUCCUUCACCCAUUUAUCGUGGGCUGGCCCAUGUUUCAGUGGAUUUGCAUGCGGGUUCGGCUUCCUUUCACUCUACAACCCAGCCAACAACUAUAUUGUUGACUCCUACCAGCAUUAUGCCGCCAGUGGAUUGGCUGCGAAAACUUUUGUCAGGUCGGUCUGGGGUGCUGCUGUUCCAUUAUUCACCAUCCAGAUGUACCACCGUUUGGGUGACCAGUGGGCCACCUCUUUGAUGGCAUUCAUUUCAUUGGCUUGCUGCUUAAUUCCAUAUUUAUUCUACUUCUACGGUGCUAGAAUUAGAGCCUUCUCCAAGUACGCAUACUCUCCAGAGAAGCACCACUAA